CGCACAAUUAUUAUGCCACCACAUUACACCUACCAGUUGCUGUACCUGGCAAUAAUUGACUUGUAUACAACACGCUCAAGGGGAGCAACGCAAAUGACAACAAUGCCUGACGGGUACCUUGAGUGUGCACUGUGCACAUCCUCCAGUGCCAGAACCGACUACGGCCAACCUAUAAGCAAUAGGGCUAGACCUUGGCGAUCACCAAGCUUUAUUGCUUGUUCGGCCGGAUAAGUGGCACAUCCGGGGAUCCAUGAUCAAAUCGAUUCCGAUUCGUGGUGACGAUGAUCUUAAUUCGCAUUCAAAUGUUCCCCACAUGUGGUUACAUGCAGCUCUCACGUGUGCAUGGCUAACCGCAAACAAUUGCUGUCCUGUCAACACUGACUCUCGGUGUACAACGGAAACACACAUAACUACAACCCACCCCGCCUCCUCGAUUCGUCACAUCUGCAUCCUUCCUGGCCAGUCAGUCUUGGAGUUCUUCCGUAAUAAAUUCAUAACAACGCUACGAAGAACACUGUCUUCAAUGUCUCACGUUGCGAGUGUUGGCGAGAAGCCCCAUUCAGCAUCGCCUGUGGACCUCACGGCCGACAAUCUCAAUGGAUCGGGAGCAUCAUCGCAGACGCAGACACAUGCAGCAGCCGUCUCACCUACGACAAUCGAUGCUGCACUGGAGCGGAAAGUGAGAAGAAAACUGGAUACACAUGUGGUCCCGCUGGUGGCAGCCCUAUAUCUGUUUGCAUUCCUCGAUCGAUCGAAUAUUGGAAACGCACGCAUUGCCGGAUUUGAACGCGAUCUCAAUCUGACGGGUGAUCAAUAUGACUGGCUUCUUACCAUCUUCUACAUAUCGUACAUCAUCUGCGAGUUCUUAGGGAUCAUGUGGAAGAUUGUCCCACCUCACAAGUGGGCGGCUUUCUGCGUAUUUGGCUGGGGAGUUGUCUCUACAGUACAAGCUGGGAUUAACACUUGGGGCGCGGCCAUGGCAUUACGGUUCCUGAUGGGUGUCUUCGAGGCUGGAUAUGGGCCUGGCAUCCCAUUCCUGCUAUCUUUCUUCUACCUCAGACAUGAAUUGGGACUGAGGGUGGGUAUGUUCUUUGCAGCAGCCCCCUUGGCUAAUACCUUUGCGGGUGCGCUGGCAUACGGCAUCACGAGCGGAAACCCAAGUCUCGCGAAGUGGCGAGUCUUGUUUCUAGUAGAGGGUUUACCUACGAUUGCUAUGGCAGUGGUGGCGUGGUUUUUCCUACCAGACAGCCCAGAGAAGGCCAGAUUCUUGAACGAGGAAGAGAAGGAAUUGGCUCGAGCGAGGGGUGUGAGGCAGGCGGGAGCUGCAACAAGGGUUGGAGGUGUGGACUGGACGCAAUUCUUCAAAGGACUUGUAGACCCCAAAGGGUGGAUUCUUGGAAUGAUGUACUUUUCAUGUAAUGUCGCGUUCUCUUCGUUGUCGGUGUUUCUUCCCACAAUACUGAAGGAGAUGGGAUUCUCGUCGAUCAAUGCACAGGGUCUCACAGCUCCUGUCUUCUUCUUGUCUUUUCUCAUCACCAUCACUACGCCGUACAUUGCAGACCGGACAAAGCAGCGCGGCAUCAUGAUCGUCAUCUUGACAGUAGUCGGCGGGGUCGGGUAUGUAAUACUCGCCACGGCUCAAUCAGUGGCAGCGAGGUAUUUUGGAUGCUUUAUGGCGGCCGGGGGGAUCUUUCCGGCCAUUGCUAACAUUCUGCCUUGGGUACUUAACAAUCAAGGGUCGGAUACGCGACGGGGCGCGGGCAUUGUGCUGCUGAAUCUAGUGGGGCAAUGUGGCCCACUACUUGGAACACGCCUAUACCCGAGCUCAGAAGGACCCUUUUAUGUCAAAGGCCAGUCUGUGUGCGCAGGAUUCAUGUUCUUCACUACUCUGCUUGCCAUUCUGUUGAGGACGUUGCUGGUACGGGAAAACCGAAAGCUGGAUCGGGAGCAUGGCACAAUUGCUGACCCAAAGUCUGGGGAACAUGAGGAGAGAAGAACAGCUGUGGAGAACUAUGGGCCCCAAUUCCGCUAUGUCUUGUGA